UCUUCUAGCCGCAAAUGCGCGCUUGCGUCUGAAGAGAUCACCAUUGGAAAGUACAUAAAUCAAUUCUGUUUAAAAUGGCUUCUGCAUCAGACCAUUCGGAUUUUGAAAUACCAUUUAAACGCCGUAAACAUGAUACCGAAGAAAUUUCAAGUACAAAUAGUUGUUCAAAUUCACAAUUCGAAACAUUUUCAUCAUUUUCCGAAAAUCAUCUGGACGUAUGUGAAGGUACUUCAACAGAUUCUGGAUUUAAUGAAUUUUCAUUUUUGGAUAAAGAUGCCAGAACAUGUAUUACAAGAAAUCCAAUCAAAAAGAUCACUGCGGAUUCGCAAUUAAUUGAACGAAUAUUUGCUAUGCGAGGAAUCAUCGAUGAAAAGUUAUGGUUGGAGUUAACAUGUCAGCUAUUCACUCCACCGCCUCGGCAGCGAUUGUUACACAUUUCUCGUUUUGUUGAUGUUAUCAAGUUGAUUCGAUCAUCAAGAAGAAUUUUAGUUCUAACUGGAGCCGGUGUAUCAGUUUCUUGUGGUAUACCUGAUUUUCGUUCGCGAGAUGGAAUAUACGCUCGUUUAGCACAAGAUUUCCCAGAUUUACCAGACCCUCAUGCAAUGUUUGAUAGCGGUUAUUUUAGACAAGAUCCCAGACCAUUUUUUAAAUUCGCUAAAGAAAUUUAUCCAGGAAGGUUUAGUCCAUCUGCAAGCCAUAAAUUUAUAAAAGCAUUAGAAAGUCAUGGUCGAUUGCUACGAAAUUACACACAAAAUAUUGACACGUUAGAACGAGCGGCUGGAAUUAAUCGAGUUAUUGAAUGCCAUGGAUCUUUUGCACAAGCUACCUGUACACGUUGUCAACACACCGUUGAUGCUGAAGAUAUUCGUGAGGAUAUAUUUGAACAAAGAAUACCUGUGUGCAAAAAUUGUAAUCCAAAUUCAUCAAGUAUAUCGGCAACAGAUCUCAACGUUAAUUUUACAGAACUUGUUGAAAAUGGAAUAAUGAAACCAAACAUAACGUUCUUCGGUGAGGAUCUGCCCAGUAAAUUCUACAAAUGUAUUCAAGUAGAUAGGACAUCAUGUGAUUUACUUCUUGUUAUUGGAUCUUCAUUGAAAGUCCGACCUGUAGCUGAAGUACCUGCAUCUUUACCACCUAAUAUUCCACAAAUAUUAAUAAACAGGGAACGAUUACCACAUUGUACGUUUGACGUUGAAUUACUAGGAGAUUCAGAUGUUAUUGUUAGUCAAAUUUGUCAUAGAUUGGGUGAAAGUUGGAAUAAUGUAAAUUGGAGUCCACCAUUAAAACGAACAAAAUUAUUAAAUAGACCCAUAAAUAAUUUACCAAGUCGACCAUCAUCAACAGCAACAUCUCCAAACACAUCAUUAUACCAUCAUCAAACAGCAUCAAGUAGCAGUCAUUUUUCAAAUAUUGGUAAUGAUCAUUCACAUUUAACAAAUUUUUCUUAUGAAAAUUCCCUAUUCGAUAAAGAUGUUAGUAAUUCUGUAACGGAUGAUGGUUCAACAGCAACAAUACCAUCAGAGAGUGAAGAAAGUAGUUGUCUUGAAUCAGAAUCAUGUACAUUUUCAAAUACUUUACGUUCAUCGUCCAGUUGUUUGAUGAGCAACUGUUCAAACAACAAGUGUACAUUAGAAAUGGAAGCGACUACAUUCGAUAAUGAAAUUGAGAUUAAUAGUAAUAAAGAAUAUACAAAUGAAUUUAUUAAAAUAUCAAAUAAAGUUUAUCCAAAUAGUUUUUCACCGUCAAGUAUAUCCUUUGACGAUGGUACUGGAACUGAUAACACUUGUACAACCACAGUUAGUACAGAUUCAUCAGAUUUUAAUGAAUUCAAUCAUUCUGAAACACCAUUAAACUAUCAUGUACAUGAUAGUGAGUACGAAGAAAAUUCGUUCCAUGAAUUAAAUACAAUUUUGAAGAAUGAUCGAUUAGAUGAUCAUUUUUCAAAUUGGCAAAGUACGACGAAUCAUGCAAAUAAUACAUCGUCAUGUCAAACAAAAACAGAGCGACAUCAUUCAAUUGAUUCGGGAAUCAAUGAUGAUUAUGAUCUGUCACAUGUACGUGUAAAUGUUUCAGAAUGUCUACCAGAAAAUACAUUCAUGUUUCGGCCACCGAAUAAAUAUAUUUUCCCUGGUGCCGAGGUUAAAAUUAAAUGUAAAUAUUUAAAAUUUAUGAAAUAAAUUAGUUGAAUUCAAUUUCUUUCUCUAAAACUUAAUGCAUUUUCAAAAUAGAGGCGAGUUGUAAAUAGCUUAAGAGCCAGCAGGCGGUUGACUGACGGUAUUACAGCAAGAUGAACCUUUUUUUAAACUUAUUGUACUUGAAAUGGGAUUUUUUCAGUUUAUUUGCAAUCUUUCAAUGUAUUGAUUUUCCCGAUUUCCGUUAACCAGAUGAUUUUACUACUUUAAUGUCGCAGUAACUUUAAAUAUCCAUUAUAUGAAAGCAAAAAACUAUCUAUUUUUCACAUUUUUAUUAAGUAAAAAGUUUUUUACAGUUCUCUC